AUGAUGGUUAAAGCACCAGAAGGAACUCAACUAAAACCAGAAUAUAUCAUGGUCGAUAAUGAACAACACGAAGACUUCUACGAAGACACAAUGCUCAAACAGCAAUUGUCAUCGAUGCCACAAAGGUCUCGUGCGAGCAUUUGGACUACACGGAAAACGUUCUAUACCAUUCUGAUGUUAUUAGUGAUUGUCGGUAGUAUCGUGACCGUGUCUACUGUACAUUACACGCAACAUGAAAAGGAUGGAAACAAUAGUAACGAAAAAAUAUGGACUGAUGGCAAUGAUCGGCUUCCUCAAUUACGGUCAGGAUCCAUCUAUAAAACAAGAAGGGUAUCAAAAGAUCUCGGUCACAUAUACAUGUAUAUUCAUAAACUAUCUCCCGUUGGUGUCCGAUUACAAUCUAGAAAGCUGCGUUUCCCCAUCGCUCGCUACGACCGUCAAAACUUCCCUCUGGAUGGUCCGUUUCUCAGUCUUGGAGUCCAAAUCCCCAUAUUUGUCGAGCCGCGCACACGGCAAACAAUUAUAUCUGGUACACAAGGGUGGCUAUACAUCAUGCCUGCAAUGAUAAAUCGCUAUAAUGAGCUUUAUUCGAUUGGUGAAUUACUGAACUCAUCUUAA